AGGUAUAAAGCGAUGGCGCACCAACGUCGCUAUAAGAGAUCUGCAGAAAAUUAUAUCACUCUAGCCCCCUCAUAUGAGCUCGUCCUCUCCAAAAAUGAACCAUCACAAAUCGACUCCACCUUGGCCGUGACCGUAGAAGAAGGUCAGUCAUUGAAUCUCAAGUGCACUGCGGGUGAAGGCAUUGACGAACGAACACUUCGGUUUGAAAAAGAGUUGGAAGAGAUCAAAGGCAGGCGAUCGCCACGAAGCGUCAGCCAACAAAUUUUCAACUUUGAAGAUGCUACACACAGUGGGCUCUAUGAAUGCUUUGCUCAAACAAGCAAAGGAGUGGAAUAUUCCAGAAAAAUGAGGGUGUCAACUAAGGCUGUCCUCCCCAAAGACUUCAUCCCUUGUCCUGGGGACGACGACUAUUGUGGAAGCAACGGACGAUGUGGUCUAAAGAGCAACGACAAGAUUUGUGUCUGCGAUCCGGGAUAUGUUGGUCAACGAUGUGAGCAUCUUCUGGUGAAAGAUUACCUAAUAACAACUGCAAAAGUUGUUGUUGGCGCUGGAGGGACUCUGAAUGUCGUCUUGAUCUUCUUAACGCUUCUAUUUGCCUGCUUAUUUAUGAAACAGAGAAGGCGUGUUCGACUCCUCGAGUCACGUCUUCCCGUCUCCAGUGAUGAAGAUACGUUCUGCACAAAACCACAGAACCCCUACAACGAUGGCGAUUCGGUCAGCCAUGAAAAGGCUCAACUGACCCGAUCAGAUGCGUUCGAACAACCCUUAACUCGAUCCACACGAUUCUCGUCGUUCCGUAAAUUUAGAAUUGCAGUUAGGGAUCGAUUAGUCGGCAAACCUUCCGGGAUCUCAGUCGAGUCACCAGCGGAACCUUAAGUUGUGAUCUCUGCUUCAGCAUAAAAUUCUCAUUCUAUUGUACACCACGAUCGUCAUUACAUAAUCGUCGUAAUAAAUUUGUCUUACCCUCAAUUUUUAAACCCGAAU